AUGGCUGGUUAUUCCGAAGACCAACUUGCAGAAUUUCAGGAAGCCUUUCAGCUAUUUGACUCGCGUGGAGAUGGCAAGAUCCAUGUAGCACAAAUAGGUGAUGCUCUUCGUGCUCUGGGACAGAAUCCAACAGAAUCUGAUGUUAAAAAGUGUACCUUACAUCUCAAGCCUGAUGAGAGAAUAUCAUUUGAAGUCUUUUUGCCUAUUUAUCAGGCAAUUUCUAAAGCCAGAAGUGGUGAUACUGCAAAUGACUUUAUUGAAGGUUUACGUCACUUUGAUAAGGAUGGCAAUGGUUUUAUUUCUUCAGCCGAGCUACGCCAUCUCUUGUCCACACUGGGAGAAAAGUUAAGUGAUGAUGAGGUGGAGCAGCUCUUACAGGGACAAGAGGACUCCCAGGGGAACAUCAACUAUGAGAACUUUGUGCAUCUCAUAAUGCAGGGC